CAUUCGGAAUGCACUCAUACAGAACGCGUGAUCUCUGUGACGCCCAGAUGCACAAAACCGACCCUCCCACCUCUGUAAUAAACACGAAGAUGUUAGUCCCGUCUGAAUUGGUACAUGAAAAUCGCAGACGUCAGGUGGUAAGAAUCGAAACUCAAACGUAGUUUAGAAAACUAGUCCCGUCCGAAUAGUGCUUUAAUACAACCUAUGAGUUUUGGAUCUACCUAGAUACACAUUACAGUUGUGUAAAAAGCCAGUGAUAAGAAAAAAAAAAAUGUCACGCACAUAAAAUGAUUGGACGAGCAGCUGUAGAAAUAUGUUUUAUGUGCAUGAGAGGAAACCUCUGCCAUCCGUUUUUGACCUCUGUUUUUGUGGCUUCUUUUAUUCUUUUACUCUCAUUCUUAUUUUAAUAAAAAGUCAAUUUGAGUGUGUGGAACUGACAUCUAACUACACCAGGACUGAGUCUCUUGGACUGCAACAGCAUAAGAAGACUGCAUAAGUGUGCAUAAGAAGACUGAGAAAUACAGCUCAGCAAAGGACAAGUACAAUGGGAGAGUCUAAACCUGCAAGAAAAUUUGCACUUCUUGGAAAAACAGGAGAUGGCAAAAGCAGCGCUGGAAAUACAAUUUUAGGUGAACAAAGAUUCAAAACUGAAUCUUCACCUCAAUCUAUAACAGCUGAAUGUACAACAGGAGCUGGGGUGGUUUGUGGAAGAAGAGUCACAGUUAUUGACACACGUCUGAAGGAUGAGUACAUCAAAACUGAGAUCAUUCGAUCCGUUAUUGAAUGUGCUCCAGCUGUUGAUGCCUUAGUCAUCGUUCUAAAAGUUGAAAGGUACACAAGUCAAGAAAUAGCGAUUCUGGAUAAAAUUGUUGAGUAUUGUGGAGAGGAUACUUUUAAACAUGCAGUGAUUUUAUUUACUCAUGGUGAAGAACUAGAGGGUCAAACAAUCAAAGAAUUUGUUCAGAAAAAUCCAAAGCUACAGGAGCUUGCUGAUAAAUGUGGAGGUCGCUGUCACGUCAUUGACAAUAAACACUGGAAUGACUGUCAUUUAGGGUACAGGAGCAACAAGUUUCAGGUGAAAAAUCUGCUGGACACCAUCGACAAGAUGGUGGAAAAGAAUGGCCCCUACACCAAUGAUCUGAUGUUAAAUGUAGAGGAAGAAAUUCAAGAGGAGAUGAAUAGUAUGCUCAUAGUUAAUUUGUCUACAGAAGAAAAGCGAGAAGUAGCAAAGAAGAUUGUCCUUAAAAAAAUUCUUAUUAGGUCUGUAGGAGUGGCUACAGGAAAACUGAAUAUAAAAUAUCAGUGCAAACAGCAUCAGGAGCUGCAGCAACAGUAG